GGGUUGUGUAAAAAAAACCCAAACCCAUUCAUCUCUGUUACUGAUACAGAACGGAAAUCACAGAAGCUUGGAAUUGUGGCUUCUCCCAAACUCACGCUACCACUUCUAUCCGGCGGCGGCGGUAAAGCAUCUCUUAAGGGUAGUUGUUCUGUUCCUUUUGGUACUUUGAACCACUGCCACUUUACAUUCGUCACCUAGCUAAAUUGUAGUCACCAUCCCUUACACUUACGAAACUAUUUUUUUUUUUUGAAUUUUUUAUUAAACCAAAAUUUUUAUGGAAAUUCAACAUAUUGUUUCUGGAUUUUCCCCAAAAUUAUCAUCAUCCGCGCCAUCAAUUCCAAUUGGAAAACAACUUUUCUCUUUGAAGUUCCCUUCUUUGUUUUCUUCUUCUUCAUAUCCUUCUAUUCAAUCCCAGAAUUUUGAGGUUCCUAGUAUCAGCAUUGGAAAAAAAGACGAAUUUUAUAGUUCUAGGAGGAGGAGAGUACGGUGUAGUAGCAGUAGCAGUAAUACUGUAGCAGAUCGAAACAAGGGGAAUGAGGUUGCGAGGAGGAAAAAGCUGGCUGUGUUUGUGUCCGGCGGAGGAUCGAACUUUAAAUCAAUUCACGAGGCAUCCAAAAGGGGAUCACUUCAUGGAGAUGUCGUUGUAUUGGUUACGAAUAAAACCGAGUGUGGAGGUGCCGAGUAUGCAAGGAGUCAUAGUAUACCGGUUAUAGUGUUCCCUAAACCAAAGGCUGAAUCUGAUGGAUUGUCUCCACAUGACCUUGUUGCUACACUAAGGAGAUUUGAGGUCGAUUUUAUUCUUUUAGCUGGAUAUCUCAAACUUAUACCAGCGGAACUGAUCCGAGCUUAUGAAAGAUCUAUAUUUAACAUCCAUCCAUCACUUCUUCCAGCUUUUGGAGGCAAGGGAUGCUAUGGUAUGAAAGUGCACAAAGCAGUAAUUGCUUCAGGCGCAAGGUUUUCGGGUCCCACAAUUCAUUUUGUGGAUGAGCACUAUGACACAGGGCGAAUCCUUGCCCAGCGUGUUGUCCCUGUGCUUGCUAAUGAUACUGCAGAAGAGUUGGCUGCAAGGGUUCUAAGAGAGGAGCACCAAUUAUAUGUUGAGGUGGCAGAGGCUUUAUGUGAAGACCGCAUAGUUUGGAGAAAAGACGGUGUUCCCCUCAUCCAAAGCAAAGAAAAUCCUAACGAGACUUAUUGAUUUUUCACUUAUAUGGGGAUUUUGGCCAUAGGUUUGCUCACAAAUCUUCAUAUUUCCACCAAAUCAGUAGCUAAGAAAUCAUAAGUAUCACGCAAGUGAACUCGGGUAUUCAUGUGACACCCCCUCUAAGAAUAUAAUAAGUAGAAAACCACAAUUUUGUCUCCUAACCUGUUCGUUAUCGACUUAUGUUAAUUUGCAUCUCGAAGACCUUAUGGUUUUAGCUAAAAUGUGGCUGGUAGUACUCCACAUGUGGCAAAUGUUGUAAUUUGCAUUGUGCUUAAGUUAUCGACAUGAAACACGAUUUGUCGCAGUCAUCUCAUAUAAAGUGAGUAAAGUCUCUCCAUAGAGCAUCAAAUACCAAUCUUGGUGCCCCGACAUGUGCAUUACCAUCUUCAAUAAGUUUUGUGGAGUGUUCCUAAAUGUAUUGGUCCUCCUUAGAGAAAGUGACUAAAGUCUUCCCUUGGUUUUGUAGCAGUCUUGAUCUCCCUCCACUUGUACAUUCUCAAAUUGCAUAAGUAUUGUGGAGUGUUUGCAUGUGCGGUGACUUUUAAUAAUACAACUUAAUAACUUUAUCUGUGUGUUUUUUUGGUAACCAUGUGAACUACAUCCACUUUGGCGGUGAAUAAUGUUCGCCAGACAACCCUAUUUUUUUUAUCCACAAGGCUCGAACCUGAGAUGUUAUAUAAGUGAUGAGUUCUGUUUUACUCGGACCAAUGUAAUGUUUAAUCUUUAUGCGUAUGUUUCAUAGUUGCCUUUGAUUA